AACAAUUUAUCUGUGUGAUACAGCUGCAAAUAAGUAUUUGAACACCUGUCUAUCAGCUACAAUUCUGACCCUGAAAGACCUGUUAUUCUGCCGAUUAAAAGUCCAUAUCUUGAAUCAGAUGCACUUUUUUGAGGUCCAUAGCAGCAUAAAGACACCUGUCCACCCCACAAAAUCAGUAAAACUCAAACUUGUAACAUUGUCAAGACCAAAGAGCUGUCCAAAUACACUAGAGACCAAAAUUGUUCACCUCCACGGGGCUGGAAAGGGCUACGGAGCAAUUGCCAAGCACCUUGGUAAAAAAAGGUCCACUUUUGGAGCAAUCAAUAGAAAAUGUAAGAAGCUAAAUAUGACGGUCAAUCUCAAUCGGAGUGGAGCCCCAUGUAAGAUAUCACCUUGUGGGGUCUCAAUGAUCCUAAGAAAGGUGAGGAAUCAGCCCAGAACUACACGACAGGAGUUGGUCAAUGAUCUGAAAAGAGCUGGGACCACCGGUUACUACAGGUUACUGUUGGUAAUACACUAAGACGUCAUGGUUUGACAUCAUCCAUAGCACUGAAGGUUCCCCUGCUUAAACCAGCACAUGACAUGGCCCAUCUUAAGUUUGCCUAUGACCAUUUGGAUGAGGCAGAGGAGUCAUGGGAGCAGUUUUUGUGGUCAGAUGAGAGUAAAAUAGAACUUUUUGGUCAUAAUUCCACUAACUGUGUUUGGAGGAAGGAGAAUGAUGAGUACUAUCUCAAGAACACCAUCCCUACCGUGAAGCAUGGGGGUGGCCCCUGAAGCAUUUAGGGGCAGUUUUUCUGCGCAUAGGACAGGACAAGUGCACCGUAUUAAAGAGAGGAUGACUGGGGCCCUGUAUUGUGAAUUUUUGGAGAACAACCUCUAUCCUUCAGUCAGAGCAUUAAAGAUGGGUCGUGCCUGGGUCUUCCAUUAUGACAAUGACCCGAAGUACACAGUCAGGAAAACAAAGGAGUGGCUCCGUAAUAAGCAUAACAAGGUUCUAGCAUAGCCUAGCCGGUCUCCAGACCUAAACCCAAUAGAAAACCUUUGGACGGAGCUCAAACUCAGUGUUUUUCGGCGACAGCCCAGAACUCUAACUGAUGGUUGGGCCAAAAUCCCUCCUGCAGUGUGUGCAAACCUGGUGAAAAACUACAGGCAACGUUUGACCUCUGUUAUUGCAAACAAAGGCUACUGUACCAAAUAUUAACAUUCGUUUUCUCAGGUGUUCAAAUAGCUAUUUUUAGCUGUAUCAACACAAAUAAAUCGUUAAAAAAAUCAUACACUGGGAUUUCUGGAUUUUUCUUUUUAGAUUUUCUCUCUCACAGUGGACAUGCACCUACGAUGAAAAUUUCAGACCAGUGGGAGAACUUGCAAAAUAGCAGGGUGUUCAAAUUGUUAUUUUCUUCACUGUACGUACUUACUUACGCCUGUGGUCGGGUUUAUUACGACUCUACUACAGCUAGGAAAUGUUCUGUAUUUCACAGAUUAUCUGAAGGGGACUGUUGUCAAUUAUUUCUAAUAUAUUGGUCCACCAAAGCUGUCCUUUGUCCAGCAAAAAUCAGACAGCUGCAUGAAAGGGCAUAAGUGGUGUUUCAGUAUUGUUGGUAUCAGGAUAUCAAUGUACUGUAUAAGUUUUACCAAGUCAUGUGUGUUCUCGCUAAGGCUUCCAGAAGUGUUGCAUUGUGGGAUGCGAGCCACAAAGCAACAGAAGGAGGGGGGCAGCACCAAUGCCUGCUGGCCAGAUGAAAAAAAAUACAAAAUGGGGUAAGUUCACGCCGAACAAGAAACAAGACUCUUGCUUUAAGGAAACAAAGUCAUUUCAUACCAGAUGUAGUUAUAGUGAUCUCACAGCAUUAAGAAGAGUAACAAAUUUUGCAAGGAAGUGUCAGUGAUCUUUUUGUUGGAGUAAUUUUGAGCGGUUAGUCAAACUGGUAAGCUGGGGUUCAUUUUUCUAACUUUUCAAGGGGGUCACUUUUGCUCCCUUUGCAGGCAUGACGAGUGCAUGCAAUGCCAGACGUGAGGCCUUCACCGGCAUGUGACCACCACCCCUCCGCCCACACACCUGGUUGCCACCCUUCAGAGAUGGAACCUUGUGUCUCACACAUGCCCCCAUACGCCGCCCCGCUUUCUGCCUUCCCCCGGCACCGAGCCCCAGGCCACCAUCAGUGGUUCCCGCUUGCAUCCCGGUGUAACAGCAGCACCUUGCUGUCUAACUUAAGACACUGUCCUGGUCAAGCAGGCCCCGCAGGGACAGAGUCAAGGCCAGAUGUCCUCACAGGGGGGCGGCUGUACCGCAGUAUGGAGAACUUGAACUGGAACCCGGUACUAGAAUCAAGUCUGUGCUCGUCUAGUGAGUUUAUCUUGCGCUACACGGCUGCUAGUCACUGGUAUGACGGCCCACCAGAUGGGUCCAACCCGGAGAGUCUAGCGUAUUACCCUCAACACAGUCCCCGCAGGAAGGACGUACCCAUUUUUCCACAGUUGCUAUUUCCCAGCGGAGUGGAUGAAUGGGAUGCCAGAAAAGGUCUCAGGGAAAAGCUCCGCCUCCAGAGUGCAAGGUCGGCAGUAGAGCCUGUUAAGACCAUACCCCUGAGGACCACGGAAUCCGCCCCUGCAGAUCCGAACUUGGGGUGCCGGCGGGCUGGGGCGCGUCUCACUUGCCGUGAUGAGAUCAAACAGGAAGUUCUGAGGAAACUUCAAUUGCGGCGGCAGAACAGUAGCCCCAAUCUGGCUGUCCACGCAGCUCCAUGUAGCGCAAAAGUGCUACCAAUGUGCCGCACUUCAGCCCCCAUUUUGGGAGGUGACAGCGUCCACCGAAGUGUUCCCCUUGCACGUCUGUACAUCCCCACUUUUGAGGAGUUUAAAAAAAUGAGGAUGAAAGACCAGAAUCAGGUGUCCACUGCAGGGUCUGACGUCUCAGGUCCCCAAUGUCCCACCGCUGGGGACGGAAUAAAUUCUCCGAUCCGCAUUGGACCCUCUCCGAGGACCCCGCUGCAAUCUUCAAGCCAGGGAGGAUCUGGUGACAACGGGCGGCGCAGGAGGUCCAGCUUGGAACCGGUCGGGUCAGUUCCGUUCCUGCCCCGUAAAGACCGUGGUGGGCGGCCCUCCAGUUGCUGCCCAGCACUUCUUCUGGAGGGAACCGAUUUGUCCAGCUAUGGUGCAAAAUUCUACAAAAUGAAGGACGGACUCAUUGGAUCAGCUCUGGACCUCAUUAAGAAGAGCUGCAGUGCAGACAUCUCCUCCGAGGCCCCCGUCCGGCUGUCAGCUGAGCGGGACAGAGACGCCACCGCCACCCCCCGCCAACCCCCUGCCGCCGUCUCCAUGGCAACCGCGGCAGGAGCCGAGGCUGGCCACCAGACGCCCGCAGCAGCAGCAGAAGAAGAAGACGGCGAAGGCGAGGGAGCGGGAGAAUGCCUGCCGGGGGUCUGCCGGCGUUCCAGCUCAGACGCCACGUACGAGCGAUCGCAGGCAGCCGGCGAUUGUCGUCUGCGAGCGCGCCGUGUCGACCUCAUGCCGGCUAAUGAUGAGAUGAAGGCAAAGAUGGACGACGCAUCACAUGGACGAUAUCAUCGCAGGGAGAGGGACAGCGCUCCUGCAGCACUUCGCGGCCACUCGGAACCGCCGCGUGAUGAGCGUCCAGUAGGCUCUGAUGAACUAUUAAGCUCAGAACGGCGGCCAGGCCGCGGCCGGCGCCACCGUUGGAGCACCAUCAGCAGCCUGAGUGCCGACAGUGGCGUGGUGGGCCUCAGUGAGGAGGAUGACAACAAUGGCGAGCCCCGACGGCGGCGACGCGGUGCCGAAGUGGAGCGGGCCGACAGCGGGAUCGGACCUGGCCUUUCGCGAGCCUGGAAGCGACCCCCGUUGUGCGCAGACUGCGGUCGGCGGGACGAGGCGUCAGAUGGCCAGAGCGCAUGUGAACGUUGCGCCAAAUCACGGGCGGAGCGCAAAGAGGCUGUGCUGGAGUUCCUCAACACAGAAUGCAGCUACGGCGAGGACCUGAGGAUCAUCAAAGAGGAGUUUUACGAGCCCAUGCGAGGCGCCGGACUGCUUAGCGCCGAGCAGCUAGCAGUGGUGUUCGCUAACGUUCAGGAGCUCGGCGACGUCAACGAGAGGUUCACGGAACAUUUGCAGGACGCCAUCGAACACGCGUUGGACCGGGGUGACGAGGAUCUGCUAACAGUGUCAGUGGGAGAGAUCUUUCUAGAGUUCGUCAACAUGCUCCCGGCCUUCCAGACGUACUGCCUUCAGCAGUCGGCCUCCGUCAACAUGCUUAACGCGCUGGAGAAAGAGAAGGAACUGCUCAGGAUCUUCCUGGACGUGUCCCAGAACGACAACACUGCCCUGCGCCGCAUGAACCUGCGCUCGUUUCUCAUGGCGCCUUUGCAGCGUGUCACCAAGUAUCCGCUGCUCCUCAGCCGCCUGCUCAAAGUCACCCCUGAGAAGCACCCCGAAUUCGGGCGUCUCCGCGAAGCCAAGAGCCGCGUGGAGGCCCAUCUGGAGCAUAUCAACACUAAGACCAAACAGCAGGAUGGCAACGGCGUGGCCUCCUGGUCCCUGCGGUCUUUCCGCCGCGACAGCCGCAAGAGCCGGGAGCCGGUGGACGCCGAAAUGCGCGAGGCCUCCAUCAAAACGCUGGGCUGGACCCGGGAGGACGCCCGCUUCGUUAUGGAGGGCCCUCUGCAGCUCUCCCAGCCGGCUGACGGACAGUGGGUCAAGAAGGGGAGCAAGGCUCUCAAGUUCCAAAACGUCCAGAGUCUCCUCGUGGUCAGGACGCAGCCGUGCCAAGCAGGAGAAAGCGUCCAAGACGGAGUUUUGGUCCUCAUCAAGGACAAGAGCGGCGGAAAGUUCACCGUCAUGCGCGAACCCAUCCGCCUGGCCAACUGUGUGGUGUCCAUGGACCCUGAAUGCCAGGACACCUUCGAGGUUCUGGACAUCCGCCGUGAGGCCUUUGUCUUCCGGGCGGCCGACAAGUCCAGAACGCACAACUGGUUCAAUCAGAUGAAAAGGUACGCUCGCGACUUGGGUGCCUGGCGCAAGAGACGCAACGCUUUACCCAACAUCAUGAUUAACACUGCUCAGAGUCGGUCCUGAGAGAUGCCAUCCCGAGGCCUUUCCUGCCCAAAGUAGACUCAAAAACUGAAAUGUGAUGCCGAAACGACCCCGCCCCCCCCCCCAAAAAAGCCUCACCUUGAACCCUUGGACUAAAAACAAAGGGAAGAGCAAAUGACGUUUUGUUUACAAAGCUACGGGUGUACCAAGUUUUACAGCCACAAUGAAAAGACUAAAAUACACUGCGAAUAUUGUAGGAUUGGGAAGACAAAAUAGCCCGAAUCAUGAGAUUAAAUCCAUUGGGGGGGAAAAAAGUAUAAAUUAGUCCAGAAAAAGAUGUUUUUUGAUGAUUUAACUUUUGUAAAUAAUUCAGAAUGAAAAUACAUCGACUUUUACAGUUUUUUCUACACUAGAUUUUGUUUCAGAUUAAAAGAAUUGUUUUAAUAUAUUUUCUCAUCUAAAAUGAAACCAUCAGAUUUGAUCAUUAUUACUUUUUGGGACUAUUUAUUCAUAUACAGUAUAUCCAGAUUUAUGUGAUUUUUACCCCCCACCACCCCCACCCAAAAUAUAAAUUCAACGUUCUUUUAAAUAAUCACUUUUUUCCAAAAACUAAAUAAUGGCAGUGGAAGACUCAUACAACUGUACAUACAUACAGUGCAGCGAAUAAUACACACACAAUACAGCUGUACAUACAUACAGGGCAGCAAAUAAUACACAUACUAGGCAUGUGCCAGUAUGAGAUUGUGACAGUAUAAUAGCCUUAAGCCAAAAUACCGCGGUUUCACUGUAUAGGAAUUAUAGCUCUAUAAUGUGUUAAGAUGUAUGGGUUUAAAAAUAAAAAAACUGGACUUUUCACAACAUAUUUGUAAAUUGGAACAUGAAUAUGAUGUUAACCUAAACAACAUGAAAUGCCUUAUUUCAAAUAAAACUGAAAUACACUUAUCGACUAAACCCACAGCCACAGCUCAAGCUGCUCAACGAACACGAGAAAAAAAAACAAAAAAAACCUGGACUAAAAAAUAUACUGUGUGAUCAAACUGAUUUUAUGUAAAACACAUACCUUGGCAUGCUAACUAGCUACGUUAUCUGCCUCGUUAACAAGCUUACGUGGUACGGUCUGUGUUUUACCAUCGCGAGACACACUAAACACGCUGGAGGAAAACCAUGACCGGUGUUGUUAAUCAUACUAUAAAAAAUUAAUUAGUUACAAAUUACUUCUCCCAAAAAAUUGAGUUAGUAACUCAGUUACCUGACUGUAAGAGUAAUUAGUUACUUGGCAAAGUAAUUGGUGUUACUUUUCAUGUUUUUUUUCCCAUUCAAAAAAAACCAAAAAAACAUAGGUCACACUAUGUGAAGUUCAAAGGGUUUUUGGGACAAUUCGCCUUAACCCAAUUCUUUACCCUGACCUUAACUAGACACAGGGAUAUUGUGGAUAUUGCGACAACUAGAUAGUAACCUUUGCUAUGUUUGGAAGUCAUUUAAUGUUGUAAAUCAACCGUUAAGGUUGUUAAAAUUGCACCCGUUAUUGCAUUAGUUCUCUUGUCUACUUUUGACAUGUGAAAGUUUUAAAACUCUUUCAUCAUUUAAAGAUAGAUUCAAGUCAAGAUUUUGCUGAUUUAGGAGCAUUUUAGAUAUAAAGUUACUUAGGUUCGUUUGGAAGGUUCUCUACAACAGAGCCUUCCUGAGAAGUCUACUGCUUUAAGAUGGCGGCUGUUUACUAACGCCAGCGAGUGUAUCAUUUCGUAUCUACUCUUCUAUACAUUUGCUGAUGCUGCAGAGUGUCAUUUCACAUCUAGUUCCAAAUAUAUGUGAUAUCUAGCGUGGUAUCAUGUGGGUGUAGUUUGUAGGCUGUCGGCGACAGGUAUUAUUGGGGCCACCUAGCCUUGCAUCGCGUUUGUAACUGUGUCACAACUCUUCUCAUUGAACCAACGUAGUAACGCAUAGUAACGCACGCAUUUACAUCCUCAGUAAUGGUGUUGCGAGUUAAGUAAUUAGAUUACUUACUACUGAAAAAAUAUAUAUAUAUACCGUUAGUAACGCUGUUGUAAAAAAAGCUAAGACCAUUCUACUGUAUGGCAGAAAAUUUUUGUGGUUUUGAAAAUGACGUUUUCAUACCACGGUAAACCUUGAAACCAGUGACUGGCACAUGCCUAACACACACAUACACUAAAAGAAUCUUAAGUUUUGUAUUAACCCCGACUUGUCAUUUUAGCCAAUUUUCUAAAGCAAAGAAAUCUGACUUAUAUCUGAAAAUUUUUCUGGAAACAUGAAGUUUUCCGAUGUUAAUACCUGACGAAAAACUACAAUUUGUAAUCAAUUGCAAUUUCAGUCUGGUAAUAAAAAAUGUAUUUUUCUUUUCAGUGCGGCUGUAAAACUGCUUGACAAGUCACUAAAAUGUGCAGCUUUUGAAAAUAAUCAAAAACUUGGGACGACCAAAAAAAUCGUGCGUCAGCCAUGAUUGUGAAGACUUUGUUUUUCUGUCUGUUGAAGAAAAAUGUGACGAAAAGGUUUGUGCUCGAUGCAUUUUUGUGUCCCCCUUGUCCUCUUACCGUGUGUAUGGCGCCACCUAGUGCACUGCGGCGCACAAGUUCACUGCCACAGACACGUAAUCUCCCCUUUACAGCAAUAACCGGUGAAACGAGUCGACACUUUCUGUCCACGCAUUAUUAGGAAUCCCAUUUUUUCCUUCCCCCACAAUAGGCGAGCUAUGUUGUGCCAAUAAAAGACCCUUUCACAUCAGUGUAUCAGAAUCGUAACAGUAGACCUUAACUGCUUAUUCCUUGACAAUCGCACCAUGUUUUCACUGAUCAACUCAGCUUCAGUUCCAGUCACAAGCAAGGGUCUCAAUUGUAGCAUAACUUCUACCCCCCUCCUAUGUUCCCUUACAUUUGAUUAGCAAGUCUACACCCUGUGACAAAAAUUAUGGAAUUGCCAGUUUUGGGGCAUUUCUUGUUAACCAAUUGACUGCCAAUAACGUCACUAGACGCCCAAUCCGUUUCGACUAGAAGGGACGAAUGAUCAUCACAGUGAGGGCUAUCCUUCUCUUACAGAUCUAUUAAGACAUCGGAUACGCCACCCCAGCACAGAAUAGGCCUAGUUCAAAUGACACGGGCAAAGUUCUGUUCAGUGUCACGUUCAGAGUUCUGUUUAAAAUGUUCAAAAGUUUGUUCAACACAUUCACCCUUGCUCUUCAUUCUUUCAAGCUUUAUUAAGCAUAGACAAACAUUUUGGUAGCCACACGCAGUCGUGCAGAUGAGUGUGAGUUGACGUGCCUUUUUUAUUCAUUCGGAGUUUAACAAUUAGAGCCGUCAACUUUAUGUAAGGUAAGGCAAGGCAUGUAGUCCAUGCUGGGCAGAACGGCAGAGUGGUGGAUCGAGCCACAAUCAUCACUUUUUAAAGGGGUAUUUCGUGCAAGGGCGUAGAUUUGGUCUCAAUAUUGGUAGGGACGAUAUUACCAUAAUCCACAUAAUGCAAACAAUGAUCCAAAUAAGGGACAACUAGCUUAACUUCGUUGUUCCUUGUGGAGGCCGGCCUGACUGCAGUAGUUUUUACGGUUGGCAGGUUUAAUGUUAUGCUAACUCUGAUGCAGGUCGGACUUUCAGUAGCCAAAUUAGUAGUGUUUCCCCUACCUCCACUACAAUGCAAAAUAACGGAACGAAAAGAUGGAGAUAAAUCACAACGUGGACUUGCAUAAAAGUGGACGGCAUUCGACAGCUUCUAGAUAUUUAUAAAUGUUUCAAUUGUUUAUGGAACCCAUUUAGUGAUUCCACCAACCCCCCGUUUGGUCUUUAAAAAAACAUUAGUGAUUACCAAUCUUUUUUUUUUUUUUUUGCAUAUAUUUCCUAUAGUAUUUCCAAAUGCCAGUAGCUGUUUAAAAUGAGUUAUUGCAAUUCUAUUAUCUGCUUAUCUUUUUCAUAAUUCAACACGUAGGUAAACACUCUCCAAGAAUGGUGAUUUAAUCAUUUUUGCCAGGGGUUGUGUAUAAAAAGCCGGUUUAGGUGGCCAGUGUGAAAGGGACUUUUAUGCAGUGGACAUGUACCCAGUUAUGGUUUGAGCCCGCGUGCCUUGGCUCUCGUUUCAGCCUUCGGACAAGACUUAAAACUGUCUUCCCAUCGCCUCUGUUCGCCCCUCCAGGCAAUACCAGUCACGUCGUCAGCGGCGAGAGCUUUAUUUCGUUGAAAGCACUUUAUCCAGCGACUAGAACGGACAUCAAAGCGGAAUAUUUCCAUGCUGUUCGUGUAGCGGAUCACUGUGUACACCAACAUGACUGUGCUUUUUUUUGGCUGUAUUAUUUUUAUCCACUUGUAAAAUAUUGUCAAGCGUAUUAAAAUAUUUCAAACAGACUUUUUUUUUUUAAUCAAGACUACUAUGGCUUCAAAGGUUGUGUAUACAAAUAUAUUUACAUUUUGCACAAUGCAUGAUACAAAAGGCAACAAAUGAUUUCUGGAAAAUCAAACGGAAAAAAUACACAGUGCAAAAAUAUAACACGAGGUCCACUUCAGCGUAUUAGGGUCACACAGAAAAAAAAUUGAGGAGCAAAACCAUAAUUAAUUCGUAUUUCAACAUUACGAAGGCUGGCAGCAAAACAACAGUCGCUCAUUCGCAGCCAGCCCUACCAGUUCAAAUGGAUUGGAUCUCUACUAGUAAUUUAAAUACAGCAGGAGGAGGAAGUUGGGGGGAAAAAAAAAAAAAUCAUAGUUUUUACCUCACUUUUUACCUUCACCAAAAAAACAAAUGUGGCUUUUUUUCAACCCUAACUUUCAAGUGUGUCCCUAAUACUGCUUAGUACUAUCUUACUAAAAACUUGCUCAACAGACCAACAAAACCUUCAGAGGGUGCCAAACCACACCAACAUGACAACGGACGCUUUUCAAGUAGCCCAUAUGUGCUGCUUCACCGUAUCUAGAGUGAAAGGGGCUAACAUUCACACACCCCUCAAUCAGAACCGGCUUUUGGGACUUCCUGUCACUACUGGUCGCUCUUGGCAUCUUUGGCGAGUCCGCGAAUGGAGAGGUCGUAGACCACCUCCUCGAUCUUCUUGACGUCGUACUUGAGGCCGUCAUAGCGUUUGCGAAGGGGGUCGUUCUUGAGGUUGAGCAAACGGAAGCCUGAGUCCAACUCGUUGAUGAAGUUGGAGAUGCGCAGCGGGCGCUUGUAGUCGCCCGCCGUCACGCUGUUGACUGCCAAGCGUGACUUAGUGGGAGGCAGCGUAAAAAGGGUGACCCCCACAGGGACAGACAACAUAAGGCACACAAAAGUUUUUGUUCAGAUUAGUGAUUGCCAGCGAGGUACGAAUAUUGUUAGUAUGGGGCCUCCCUCUAGUGGAAGACCAAAAAAACAUAAGUACAGUUGAGUUGCAUGCCACUUUUUUAAACUAUACAGUAUUUGCGUCAAAUCCGUCAGAUUCUAUUCAAAAACAUGUUUGCAUAUUAUGUAUGACCUUUUCCUUUGUUACUUUAUUUUUUUGUGAAUUAUCUUUUUCUUCUCCCCAAUAAAAAAAAAUAAUCAUUUGAUUUAUGGAGCGCUUUUCGGGACACUCAGGCGCUUUAGAUUGCAUUAUU